UAGUCUCCAUUUUAUUCCUCCAAGAUCCAUCCUCUCUCCACGUGUCUAUAAAUACCAUUCCUCGUGCACCAACACCUAAACCUACUGAACUAGCCUUGCCAUGACCAGCACAUCCGACGAGCCAACGGAAGCGGCGACCGGAGACCGUGGCGGUGCCACCUCAAUCUCCGACGUCCACCCCGACAUAAUCCAAACCCACAUCCUCACGCGCCUAGAUGGCCCCACCCUGGCCUCCGCGGCGACCACAUCCUCCGAACUCCACACUCUCUCUGCCGACAACAACCUCUGGGCCAACGCCUGCCACUCCACAUGGCCCUCCACCAUCUCGCCACGUGUCCACCACGUCAUCUCCACCUUCCCCAACGGUCCUCGCUCUUUCUUCGCCGAUUCUUUCCCCUCUUCGCGGCCUUCCCCAACCGCCCCGACAACAAAACCCCACCGCACGCCACAACUCAUCUCAGCCGUUGAUCUCUUCCACGGUGACCGCCUUCUUUUCUCCAAAGUGGUCGAGACCGAAACCGGAACCGGGUGGUUCCGGUGCUCCCCUUUCCGAAUCGACCUGGUUGACCCCAAGGACGUUGUUCGGACCAGACUUAAAUAUCCGGUUGACGAGGAUACGUGUAAGAAUCUCGGAGAGGAGCUGAAGCUGAGCUGGAUCGUGAUCGACCCAACGGUGCGCCGUGCCGUGAACGUGUCGAGUUUUAACGCUGUGUCGGUGAAUAAGCACUGGCUGAGCGGUGAGGUGGAGGUGCGGUUCGCGACGGUGGUUGACGGCGAGCGAGGGACAGCGAGAGAGGUGGUGCUGUGUAGCGUGACCGUGACGUGGGGAGAGGAAAUGCAAGUGAGGGAGGUGAGUUUGCAGAUGGAGGACAUGGAUGGGAUGCAAAUGAAUGGGAGGGAUUGUUUGGUAAUUUUGCUGAGGGCGUUGGAAGGUGAGAGGAAAAGGAAGAAGAAGGAAGAGGGCUGUGAUUACAGGGCUUUUGUUAGGAAGAAGAAAGAAAGAAUGGAAAGGAAAGUGAGGGCAGAAGGGAGAUUGGACAUGCUGUGUGUUGGUCUUGCCCUGUUCUCUACGUUUUCUGCUCUUUUUCUUUUGUUCAGAUGGAAGUAGCCAUUCAGUCACUGACAGUUCCAUUAUCUUACCAUUCUUCCACUCGUUUGAAAAUUAAAAAUCAUGCAAGCUGGACCACGUGGAUCAAAAUGUCAAAGUGAUAACUGUGUAUUUGUUGGAGUUCUUUUUUUUCUGUGAAAAUUGUAUUCAAAGUAAGUGAAAUGUAUUUAGUAAAACAGUGUCUGCUGUAUUAAAAAUAUUUAGUAUAACAUAUUAAACGUUUGGACAAAUUACACUCACACCAUGCGUUUUUUUUUUAAAAUUUUAUAUAAUAAUAUAAUAUUAUAUAUUUUUUAUUACACAAAUUAUUUUUUAUGCAGUUAUAUAAGUCAAAGUUAAAAUAAUGUAAAAAGUAAACUAAUGUAAAAUAAAAUUUUAUUAAAUUUUAAAAAGUCAGAACAAAAUAUGUCCAUUUUAUAUUACAAGCACACAGAACA